AUGUGGUGGCCCUCGGUGUCCGAUUCGACCUCCCCCGGUGGCACACUCGGUGUGCUCGUCCUCGCAACUCUCAUCGCCGGCAUAUUGUAUGGCAUCACGGUCCUCCAGAGUGUACAGUACGCAGACAAGUUUUACAACGACCCCUCGCUCUUGAAAUUCAUGGUUGCUGUUCUCUGGGCAUUCGAAACGAUUACGGUGAUCUCCGAAGCGCACGCUCUGUAUACCUACUCCGUGUCUUAUAGCGGCACUUUGUUCGCUCUCGUUCCUCUCCCUUGGAGCCUCCAGCUUGACCGCGCAUUUUCCUACGCAGUGAUCUAUGGGGUGCAGAUGUUCUAUGCGGUCCGCAUCCGACAAUUGGGCAGGCGAUAUUGGUAUUUCCCGGUCUUGACCGGCCUGCUCGCUACUGGCGCUAUCGCGGCGACGGUCCAGGGGUACACGAUCGGCGACCCAAACGUUCCGAGUUGGAUUAAUAUUUUGUCCACCACGAGCGCGGGCCUCCAAAUCGGCGUCGACGUCCUCAUAGCCGGGGCACUUUACUGGUUCUCCCGCAACCGUGCAGGGAACUUGAAGAAGCGCGCCCUCGUGAAGCACACUCUGGUCUCCGCGAUCAACAGAGGCGUGAUUUCGACACUGCUGCAGGCCAUGAUUACGGUAUCGUACUUCGCGUUGCGUCCCCGCAUGAUAUGGCUCGCGUUCCAAAUGGCCAACAACAAAGUACACGCUAUGUCCUUGUUGUCGACCCUGAACACGCGAUCCUCUGUCGACGGUGUGGGCCACGACCCCGAGAUCGUCGACGCCAGGCUCAGAUACCGCGUCGAGCGGGAGCUCGCAAACUCUCUUGUUCUCGCGUGGGUACAGUCGGACGGCAACAGCGAGUUCCAGUCGCGUACCGAGUCUCCGCCGAUCAUCCCGGAUUUGGGCCACGGCCUCAUGAGCAGCCAGAGCUCGUGGUUCGCGAAGUCGGAGGAGGGCGGGCUGGCGCGGUACGCACCGAGCUACCACGCGCGGUCGACCACUGCCGUGGAGAGCCAGUCCGCUGCGUGA